UCGCACACCGCCAGUCCAGUUUGGAACGUGAGUCGCGACGGUUCGGAUUUUCGGAAGCAAAAGAAGAAACACGUGCCGUGGUGGUGUUUGUCUCUCUUUCUCUCUUUCUCACGUGCGUGCGUGCGUGAGUGCGAGUGUGUGUGAAUAUUGUCUGUUCUGUUCUUCUGUUGAAUUGGGAGAGCAGAUUUGAGUUUUUCCCUAAGCGGUUUUUGGGUGUAUGUCUAAGUAAGUGUGUGUAUUUUGGUGAAUGGUGUAAAACCCUGUUUGUUGGUGUUUUGCGUUUAAGUAGGAAGACUUGCCCUGGACUCCGGACACUGGACCCCGGAGGUCAAAGGGGACCAUUUAAGCGAUUUUGUGUUCCGCAGUUCGGAGAGUGGUGGAUCUCCUGAAGAAACUCGGAGGAAGUGUGAUACGGGUUUUCCUUGAGAGAAGACGACAAUUUGUGUUUGUGUGUACACUCGAGAGCAGAGCAGGAGAGGAAAAUCCAUUUUUGUGUGUAUGUGACUCCAACUGGUCGACAGCGUGACGAACGAACGAACGAACGGUGAGGCUCCUCAUCAUCCAUCAAAGUGAAAAUCGAUCAGCUGACACACGCGCGAAAAUUGUGAAAUCAUCAGGCACGGCCACGUGGGAAAAGCUGGAACAUUCAUAAACUAAUUAUAAAAUCAUUAUCAUCAAUAUUGUACGCAAACAGCCUUUUUGGCGCGCUCUGCCCUAGUUAAGUCCACGUGGAAGGUAGUUUGAGGAAGAAACGCAGCGGCAAAUUUUACGCAACUCAUCACAUAAUCACCACACUUUAGUGGAAGAAAAACGGCAAGUUUUCCCUCUCUUUUGCGAAUACUGCGGUGUGAAUAAUUAUCGGGAAUAAUCGCAUAAAACGUUAUUAAAAGUGCUAGCUUCUGUUCGCGGUGAAAACAUCCGGAGAAACUGAACCGAAUUUGAAGGUGAAAAGUGACCCAGAAUCCAUCUCUUCGCUCAUCCCACCAUACUGGUCAUGUCCAGGGUAUAGAGAUCAAACGAAGCAACUGGUCCGGAAGUGAGCCCUACAGUGCCAGCAGUAAGUGAGUGGGUGUCAAAGUCAACACCAGAAGAAGAUUGAGAGGGGGAAAAAGUGUCAUCUGACUCAAUCUGGCAGAAGAAACGGAAUAAAUAAUCUCGCGGAAAAAUAAAUGCAAAUAAUUAUCAUUAUCGCCAUCGAAGUGUGAAAAAUCGUUCAAAAAGAAGCAAAACGAGGAAAAGCAAACAAAAAAAAAAAGCGCCAGAAAUUGAACGUGUCAACAGUGACCAGCAGUGGUGUGGCGACUCGACAGUCAUAUCUGGAGUCGCUUGCGUGACAUCAGACCUGCUGGCGUAGGAAGUGUGUGUGCGUGUGUUUGCGUGUGUUUGCGUUUGGCGCAAAAGCGAUUUUGCUGGCGCUUACGAUUAUCUCCCGGUGGAGGACCACUCCCACCAACCAGUCUUGACCAUGCUUUGAGCCAGCUUUUCCUCAAACAAGUGAAACUUUAGAUAUUGCAGUCUUGGGAGCAAACUGCCAGGGGAAAAUAAUAAAAAAAAACGUCGAAGAGAUAAUAGUGAGUGUGUGUAGGUGGAACUGCUGCUGCUAAAGUUGCUCCGGAUUUUCGAUUAGCUACGGCCCCGGAUUUUGGCGGAUCACCUUUCUCGGACGCUUGUGGUUGACGCCAACGACGACGACGACGACGACACCGCGGUUUUGCUUCCUGCUUUCUUCUGCGCGCGAGCAAGGUUGGUGCGCGGCUGCCGAUUUUAGAAGACCGCAAGUUUCUUCCGCGAGGAGUUUGGUGGGGAAGGCAGGCAGGCAGGCUCCGGAACUGGCGGCGGAAAACGACAAAAACAACAACAUCACGGCAAUCACGGGACGACGAUAAACCGUCCCGAAGCCCACCCCCGAAUCAGCGAUGGCAAAAGCUGAUUCGCUCCAGAAUGGAAUCAAAACAGACACCACAGAUGAUGUUGAAAAAUCGCUGGAACUGCUGGACAAGGUCCUGUCAGAGUUUGAAGAGGAGCACGAGGUAAUACACGCCCACCCGGUGGAACCGGACAGCCCCUCCCAGGGCAACCAGUCCGAGGACGAUGGUUACAUGAGCAUGAACGGCCGGAGGGCCAAAUUCGUACCUGAUUUUCAACCGACUGACGAGGCCAAUGCAGCCCCACUGCCACUUCCGGUGCCGCCAGACGGCAAGUAUUCACCCCCGUCGCCCGAGGAAGCAGAACGAAUUAUUUCCAAUUUAUUACCGAGAAUCUCCCCCACUACGUCGCCCACGCACAGGACGAACAGUACCAACAGUACUGGUGGCAGCAGCAGCAGUAGCAACAACAUUCGCAGCCCAGUGCACAGUAGCAGCACUACGACUAGCCCUAAAAGGAUUAACAUCCAGCAGCAUCAUAAUCACAGUAGCAGUAGUGAAUGGCGAACGCGAAAUCUCGUUCGAAACAACGAUUCGAGCACCAGCUCGAGUGAAAAGCCUUCCUCGAACGAUAAUACCGUGAUCGCCAAAAGUCCCACACAAACAACACUGCCAAAGACGCGACCCUCCAACGUUUUACCCACGCGAUACGCAAGUCUUCCAUGUUCCAGCCCGCCCAAACCAACCGGACCAAGCGAACCGCCGCCGAGCGGUGGCAGUCUGGACGACGACCGGAACCAACUCGGGGGCAUCGGGAUCAGCGCCGUACACGACGCCGUCCUGCGGGGGAUGACGCGGAUGCCAGAGCCCAUAGUUAACGAGCACCCGGUGACCAUCUACCCCGGCAGGGCGUCCCCACCCAGACGCCUUCCCUCCCGAAACCUGCCCGGAUCAAUCGAACGACACGGGUCUGCUGCAGCCACCGCAGUCUGUCGACCUGGCAACUAUCCAUCGGACAACUCACAGUCCUCACAGGAGACCUCGUCCCCGGAAAACAACGAGUCCGAGAACAACUCGUCCCUGUCGCCCACCCAUGGAGUGCCACUGAACAUCAACUACAACCACGGUCUGGUUACGAAUCGAAUAUUUGCCACCAGCAGUGCCGUCGAAUUCACGCGACCAACGCGGCCACGCAAUGGCAAGCAGCCGAGGCACGAGGAUAGUGACGAGGAACGGUUCUCCGAGGACUCGUUGGAGGAAUCAUCACUGCCGCCACCCCCGGGACCGGUCACGGUGCCACCCCCACCGUCGCUUUCAGCUCCGGUCACACCUAGCAAACGCCACAGCAUAGCCUGGGAGGUGAACCUGGACGAUCCGGCCAGCUUUGGGGAUCCGUUGACCACAGCCAAACCCGCAACCUCCGGCUCCGGAUGCAGCAAGGUUAUUGGCAGGCGAAAAACGGGCAGCGGCAGCGGCAAGAAUGUUACCAGUUCGCAGUCGAGUCUGGAAUCGACGCCCAGCAACAGGAAAAGUGAAUCCAACGAGUGGCCUGAUCCGCCCGACAUUCCGAUCUGUAGCACCGAGGACGAGGCCGCGUCCCUGUACUCUGACUCAGAUGAGCUCAUUCCGAACGUACCGGACAUCAGCGGUCGGGGAACGUACGUCAUCCGGAAGGGACGUCGGCGGCAACGGUUGGAGAGUUUGGACGCCAGCAAUAAUCUGCCCAUUCCGGGCGGUGAUCAGCUCCAGCCGGCAACUGUGCCCUGUCCCGCCGUUGUUUCAGCCCUGCCCAGUCCCGUGUUUCCCGUGUCCAUGCUGACGCCCAAAUCACGCCACAGCAUCGAUCUGGGCAUCUCGUCUGUAUCGUCCCUCGGAGCGACCAGGUUUACACACUCCGUCGUUCCUCAGAAAAUACCAAGCUCAGUUCUCUCGCCCAGGUCACGACUAUCAUUAGAUUUAAGUUCACCUACCUCAGAGCUUCCAGCAAACGUGAAGAAAAUCACCAGCCCUACCGGAAGCUUCCCCGUGCACCACUCCUCGCAGAUGACCUCCCAAACACCCCCGGCCAACAAUAGCAACAACAGUUUAAACAAGAGCAAAUCCAACCACGGCAGCAACAACAACCUGGCAGGAGGUGUUACUACUGCGUCCGGCGCUGUUGGCCAACAGUCCCAGCAGCAGCAGCAACAACCAAUAGUCUCCUCUCGCUACACCGAGUUUAAAACGUACAGUUCGACCUUUGAUGCACUGCAAGCGUUAGAGGGCAGCGGCAAUAAUGGCAACAACGGUGGUGGCGCUGGCAACAGCAGCAACAAUAAUAGCAUCAACCGCGGCGGAGGUGCCAUCGGAAACGGAACUUCCGUUGUAUCCUGUUCCGACAGCACCGACGGCAGCUCCCUAAUGCGGGUGUCCUCCCUGCCAGGCGUCACGCCCCAGCACCCAACCUCCUCCGCAGCAGCCGACGGCCUUUCGACGCCACGCCGCGAGCUUGCACCGCCCAUCGAGGAAGACGAGGAGGCGGACAGUGACAACCAGCGGGGAGCCCCGCUGCGCAAAAUAGAGGAUAAUAUUAGUGCUUUAUUACGUGGUGAUAUAUCUGUUGCUCGAGUAGCCGACAUACCUCCCUCGAGACGUCCAUUAGGUUUUCGCCUAGGUGUUCAUAAAUCAGAAAGUGCCAAAGAAAUGCUAUUAUCACAAGCUGGUUUGGGGCCUUUGCCACCGUCGCCACCGUUGUCUAGUCCCGAGCCGGAUAGCGACGAAUUUCCUCCGUUGCCUCCCUCGCCUACCGAGGAACCUGAAGUUAUUCACCAAAUGCACGGCAUUCGUAUUAGCUCACGCACCCGAUCUAGCAGUAGCAAGCACGAUGGCCACUUCCGGGAAGAACACCCGCCGGCCGUUCCGCCCCAUCGUGGCCCAUCGAUAAACACGCUGAAAACAAGAUCGAUGGACGCUGGCUUUAGCAAAUCUUACCGCAAUGGCUCGCACGCUUCCACUUCACCGCACGCCCCCGGAACGCUUCCUCCCGACUUGCCCGGUUGCAACUCCCGACGAAGGGUCAUCACCGGCGGCUACCAGAAGCGAACCGCACAAAGUCCCCGCGAGGAGAGAUCAUCGUCCCUGCAGACGUCGUGCAGUUUGCCUGAGACACCCAUCUUUGCCAGAGGUAGCUGUGAUAUUCCACGAACGCCACACCGGCGUGCUCCAGAGGUUCCUCCGCACGGCAGUGGAAGCCGAACAGCUCCAAGAACCAAUACCAACACGACAGGCAGCCUGGGCUCGUCGGUCGUCGGAAUUGGUACCUCGACCAUCGGUGGGCGGCAGCGCAGCAUCAGUCAAGCUUUUGCCAAUGGUGAAAUGUUACGCUUAGCAGGUGGCCCGGCCCGUGGUUGGUAUCCGAAGCAGCGGCAGGCUCGGCCCGUUUCCACCGAGCAUCUGGACCGACUGCACGCUGGACCGCAGGGAUCACUGCGCGCCUGGGAAGCAGCGGGUACGGGUAGCAGAAAACCGCUUACCCUACCACCUAAUCUCACACCUAAAUUUUUCAACAAGUCACCGCGAGAGGCUCUGCGCCGUGUUACUAGUUUGUUAAUUCGAAAAGGAACUUCCGGCACCAAAGAGAAAGAUUCGCGCCGGGACAAGGAGCGAGGAGGGGACAAGGAAGGCCACUCGUCGUCGUCCAUCUACCUGCAGCGUUCGCCGGGAUCGGACGUAACCGACUCCCGGGGCUAUCAAAACUUCCACCACCCCCACCAUCAGCAGCCUCCCCACCUUCCUCAUCAUCAUCACACGGCGCAGCACCACCAACGGCCGGAACAUCCGUCUUCGCAGCACCCCCACCAGCACACGAUGCCGACGAGCGCGACGACGGCGACGACGCAACAGAAAAAGAAGGGUUUCUUCAAGAGUUUUUGGAAAAAGUCUCGGCACUAUUCGCUGGAGAAGCAGUAAGUUGGGAAUCGAUUAUUUGUUAGGAUAGUAAUACGAAGUGAAAACAAAAAAA